AUUAUUUUUUUCAUUUCUGUAAUUAAUUUAAUCUUUUAUUUUGUUGUUGAGUUCAACAUUCACCAACAGAAGAAGAAAAAGAACAAAAAAAAAAAAACGAAGUCAAAAGAAGCUUUGAAAUGGUUUUACUGUGAUCAAAAUCAAACCUUAUAAGGAAAAGGUAAAGGAGAAGAAGAAUUAGGGUUUGAGUUAGAGAAGAAAAAGUUGAAUUGAAAUGCCUGAAGAGGAUUUGGUUGAUAUCAAGUUUAGGUUAUACGAUGGUUCUGAUAUUGGACCAUUCAGGUAUUCUUCUGCUGCUACUGUUGAUAUGCUUAAGCAAAGGAUUGUCUCUGAUUGGCCUAAAGGCAAAACAGUCCUGCCAAAGUCAGCAAAUGAAGUGAAAUUGAUUAGUUCUGGUAAAAUCUUGGAAAACAACAAGACUGUUGGUCAAUGUAAAGCACCAUUUGGUGAUAUUGCGGGAGGAGUUAUAAUCAUGCAUGUUGUUGUACAGCCAUCUCUAGCAAAAUCUAAAACUGAAAAGAAGAUUGAUGAUUCACCGAAGAAGGUUGUAUGUUCUUGUUCUAUACUAUGAAGACAGGUUGUGAGUUGGAGAUGCUUUCAUCAAUCAUCAUCACUUGUGAACCACUGCAGAAACCAUUCUGCUUGAACAAAAUCCUUCUAUUUUCAGCAUUCCUGUGUAAAAUACGUAUACAAGCAAUUAUAUAUUUAUAGAAAAGUUUGUGUUAUUGGUGCUUGUGAAGAAGAUGAUGUCAUUCUUUUAUUACAACGUCUAAAAAGAUUGAAAACAAUGUAACCAAUUGAUUGCUACCAUUAUGCAUGACGUUUUCACUUUGCAUUUAA